AUGGGUUCUGAGCGGGAUAACUAUGAGACUCUUCUCAAUCUUAAGAUCCCAUUCUCGCAACCGCCCUUCAGUUUUUUAUUUGCAAUUCAUACAGACGCUUUGAAUUUACCGCCACUUUACCAACCAUUCAAGGGAUCACAUUUAGACAAUUGGCCACGUUAUGUUGAAACUACGCUCCCAGUUGCAUCUCAUACUCCCACUUAUUAUGCUUUAGAUUGUGAAAUGGUCCAAAUGGAUGAUCUUUCCAAACAAGUUGGUCGUGUUUCAUUAGUUAACGCUCUUGGUGAAGUUGUCAUUGACCUUAUCGUUAGACCAGAUGGGUAUGUCAAAGAUUCCUUAUAUAGGUGGAGUGGGUUGACUAAGGCUGAUGUUUUGAAAUCUCCAUACAGAUUAAAAGAUGUUCAGAGAGAAAUGUUGUCCAUUGUUAAAGCUUCUGACUUCAUUAUCGGUCAUUCUGUUCAUUAUGAUUUACACGCGCUACAAUUGAAACAUCCAUUGGUUGUUGAUACCGCUGCUGUUUACUUUGAGCUUGGUAGAAAUGGAAAUCCUCCUGCCUUGAGAUAUCUAUCCAAAGACUUAUUGAAUAAGACCAUUCAACAAGGGUCCCAUAGCUCUGUGGAAGAUGCCAAAAUCACAUUGGAAUUGAUGAAACUAAAAUUUUAA